UCUUCACACUCCAAAACAUAUAUACUCUGCCCGUAUACCUACCGAUCCGAACGAGAUGCCAGCGAAGUUGAAGAUAUUAGGAACGCAGCUGCCGAUCUCCUUCUCCCUGAACCCGCAGCAAACGGUGAGCACCGUGAAGCAGCUGAUCCGGACCCACUACUCCGUCCCCGUCGACAGGCAGACCCUCCGGCUUCACCACGGCGGCGGACAGCUCAUGUCGGACGACAAUACGCUGGAGUCCUACGGCAUCACGGACGGCCAGCACGUGCACCGGCUUAUACUGUCGGUGGAGCCCGGCCCGGACGUUCCCAUCAUUGUGUUUCUGCGAUCUGGACAGCCGCAGUUCACCAGGUGGUGGGCCGAGAUCAGCUGCAAGGAGACGACCACCUUGGCCCAGUUCAAGCGGCUUGUGGCGGACCAGCUGCGCUGGGCCGAGCCCGACGGGAUGGCGAUUUUCAGAGGUGGGCCCGGUGGGCGGAUUGACGAGGAGGGGAAUAUGGGCCGCAUCAUCAGGGAGUUCUUGAUUGUGCACGGGACCAUUCUUUGGGUUGAGUUUAGCACUAAUGUUCCCCAGAACGGAACCCGGCCGCCACAGCCACCAGCAGCAGCGGCCAAUAUGUGAUGACUAGUAUUAUAUGCUCUUUUGUUAUAUGUUUUUGAUUCCUGUGGAGCCUUGAUUAUCUUGAUUAUUCUUGUUUUGUUACUACUAUUGAAUGUUGUAUUGUCGUGAUUGCUGUUUGAUGUUAGCGAUUGGGCCGAUGAAAUGUACGGCUGUGAGUGUGAUCAACAUAUAUAAUAUUUAAUAUUUUUCCUGAUAUUCACAUUUUUUUGUUAGAUAUUCUUACAACAGUACUGAGUGAUAUUCCAAUUAAUGGAUAACAUCAAC